AUGGCGUCCAAAACCACCACAAUCGCCUGGAGAGCCGCCAGCGCACGGACUCGCGGCCUGCCUGCCACCCGCUGGGUUCAACGGCCAAUAAUCAAGCAAUGCUUCAGCACCUCGCGAUAUGCAUCCGAGGCGGCAUCAUCUGGUCCGGCGGAGACGGUCAAGGCAGCGCCCAAACGGGCUGGCCGCGGUGUCAAGAGGGCUUUUUACGGCACUUCGUUGGCUCUGACUUUGCUGGUGGGCUACUUUUACGGCACCGAUACUCGGGCUAGUGUCCAUCGAUACGCUGUUGUGCCCUUGAUUCGGCUCAUGUAUCCCGACGCGGAAGAGGCGCAUCAUGUUGGUGUGGAUAGCUUGAAAGUCAUGUAUCGGUAUGGUCUUCAUCCGAGAGAGCGAGGGAACCCGGAUGGGGAUGGUGCGCUCGCUACUGAGGUCUUUGGCUACACACUCAGCAACCCAAUCGGGAUCUCCGCUGGUCUGGAUAAACACGCCGACAUUCCCGAUCCACUGCUCGAGAUCGGACCAGCGAUCGUCGAGGUCGGCGGCACGACUCCCCUGCCACAGGAAGGAAACCCUCAACCCCGGGUUUUCCGUCUGCCCUCGCAGCACGCGAUGAUCAACCGCUACGGCUUGAACUCCAAGGGCGCGGACCACAUGGCUGCGGUGUUGAAGCAGCGGGUGCGAGACUUUGCCUACGCCGCCGGGCUGGGCGAGCACGACCUCUCCGAGCAGCGAGUCCUGGACGGUGAAGCGGGUGUUCCUCCUGGCAGUCUGGUGCCAGGCAAACUGCUGGCCGUGCAGGUCGCCAAGAACAAACUUACCCCGGACGGGGAUCUCGACGCCAUCAAGCGCGACUAUGUCUACUGCGUCGAUCGGUUGGCCCGGUACGCGGAUAUUCUGGUGGUCAAUGUGUCCAGUCCCAACACGCCCGGUCUGCGCGACUUGCAAGCGACCGCACCGCUCACCGCGAUCCUGACGGCUGUCGUCGGCGCGGCGAAGAGCGUGGAGCGCAAGACAAAACCCUUUGUCAUGGUCAAGGUCAGCCCGGACGAAGACUCGGACGAGCAGAUCUCCGGGAUCUGCGAGGCUGUCUGGAAUUCCGGGGUCGACGGUGUGAUCGUGGGCAAUACGACGAACCGUCGUCCGGAUCCUCUUCCCAGGGGAUUCGCUCUCCCUGUACAGGAGCAGCAGACUAUCAAGGAGACAGGCGGGUAUUCGGGCCCGCAGCUCUUUGAUCGGUCCGUUGCUCUGGUCGCCCGCUACCGCGCCCUGCUUGACCAGGGACCCUCCUCGCCGGCGGAGCAGGACGUGGAGAGUCACCCGGCUCCACGCAAGGUCAUUUUUGCAUCCGGUGGAAUCACCAACGGCCAGCAGGCGCUCGCGGCCCUCCGUGCCGGCGCCUCGGUCGCCAUGAUGUACACGGGGGUGGUCUACGGGGGCAUCGGCACCGUCACGCGGGUCAAGCAGGAGCUGCGCGAGGAGCUGCAGAAGCAGUAA